GAAAACUAAAUAAGAAUGUAGGACAAGUUUAACACAUCAAAAUGCCGAGAAACUACAAGAACCAGAAAUAUUCCUCUAUAAAAAGCGCCUGUCUACAAGGAUUUCAACUUUUCGAGGAUCCGGAAUUUCCAGCCAACAGUAAAUCUCUGUUUUUUAGCAGGAUUGACAACGAAAUAGAAUGGAAACGACCAAAGGAACUUUGUAUGGCGCCAAAACUGGUUGUUGAUAGUGUGAAUACAGAUUUUCUCCACCAGGGGGAAUUAGGGAACCCGUGGUUUGUCACUGCGUGUGCUAGUCUUACAAAAGAGAGGACACUUUUCAACACAGUAGUACCAGAUCUCAAGAACCAGGAGUGGAAAUACAAUGCCGAGAAACCAUCCUAUGCUGGUAUAUUCAAAUUCCACUUAUGGAGGUAUGGGGAAUGGAUUGAGGUGGUCGUUGAUGACAGAUUACCGACCAAAUAUGGUAGACUUGUCUUCUGUCAUUCCACCACUAAGGCGGAAUUCUGGAGCGCAUUGCUGGAGAAAGCGUAUGCCAAGCUGUACGGUGAUUACGAGACUCUGGGAUAUAGCCGCACUGCUGAUGCUCUAGUGGACUUUACCGGCGGUGUUGCCGAGAAGCUCUUGCUGUCAAACUUCGCACAAAACGAUCCGAACUGUCAGCUUGACUUAUUUAACAAACUUAAAGAUGCGAUGGACGACAGAGCACUACUGAACUGUAAUUUCGAUUGUAGAAAAGAAGAAGUUGACAGAGCAUCGAAUCAGGGUCUACUUCGAGGUCACGGUUACAAUGUUACUAAAGUCAUAGCCAUUAACUUAGAGACUCAAACAGGCCAAGUACAAAUGUUUAUGAUCCGCCUUAGUAACCCAUGGGGCACUCAGAAAUGGUCCGGACCGUGGGCUGAAAAUUCAACGGAAUGGAAAUCGUUAAGCUUUGACGAAAGAUACAAAUUGGUUACCGAAAAUGAAGGAGAAUUUUGGAUGAGCCUAAAUGACGUCAUCAGCAAUUUUACCAGCCUUGAUAUAUUACACUUUGUGAACACCUCCAUAUUCUCUCCGAAGAAAACAUGGAACGAAAGCGUGUUCCAUGGAGAAUGGAACGCCGCGUCUGGAAGAAAUGGUGGCAGUGACUGGAAUUCAAGAACUUUCCUGAGUAAUCCGCAGUAUGUGUUUGACAUAACGGCAGUAAACGAUGAGAUAAUGGUAUCCCUGGAACAGCAUGAUAUCAACACAUUUAGAUUACAUCGUGGUAUUAAAUUCGAUGAGAUUGGAUUUCAAAUAAUGAAGGUGGAAGAAAACCGCAAAUACAGAAUUCAUAUCAAUGGAGACCGGAUGUUCAAAUCUGAUUAUGUAAGGUCACGGAGUGUGUUUGGGUCCGUCGAGUUAAAGAAGGGACGUUACGUGCUUUUCCCGACGACAAAAGACGCCGGGGAUAUCGGAAAGUUUAUGGUGCGACUCUAUACCCGAAGUUCGGCAUAUAGCAGGGAGCUAAUUGAAGAAUGUCCUAAGGCGACUUGUUUUGGUGGAACACCAUUACAGGUGUCUACAAUAACAGUAGAGGGUGCCACUGGUCUUGAAACCCCCGCAGGUUCAUCAGUCAAUACUAUAGAUGCCUACGUCAAGAUUCUAUGCGAGGGAGAGAAAGUUGUUUCAGACAAACAGGUGAAAAAAGAUAGUCCAAAGUGGAAUAUAAAAGCAACAUUUUACAGAAAACAACCAGACACCGAACCAAUCAUUGUUGAGGUUUGGAACAGUAACAUGUUAGUAGAUGACUUUAUGGGCGUAGCGAGAAUACUGGAACCUGGUAAUGAAGAAGGGGAAAUAAUCAAAUGUGAUUUAUUUGGAAGGAGGAACGAAAAAGACGCCAUUCAACCAGGGAACCUCCAUGUUUUCAUAAAGUCUAGUAACGAUCUGGCUUACUUGUAACUGAUUUUUCACAAUGAUUGAAAUGUGAACAAUUUGCUGGUUCUAACGUGCCACUAAUGAUAAUGAUAUUAUAUGAAUGAUGUAUAUAUCUUUAAAUCAUAAUAAUUUGAGUCUGUCAUUUAAGAGAAUUUUACAAUUGAAUUCUAACUAUUUGAUAGUCUGUAAAAUGUUUUACUUUUAAGUCUGCAUAUUAAAAUAUAUUUAUUUUGCACUGUGCACGUGGUUAGCUCAUUUUCUAACACAUUUACAAAUGUGUAGUUUUGAUACAAUGUUAAAUAAACUGUGGUAUAAUGCGUUAGCAAAUGAUAAUGUCGUAUAUUGCACUUUUACUAACAGGUUAAUUAAGUCAUGUGUAUUUUAUAAUUUAAAUUAAUAACAAACACAGCUUUAAGCAAGUACAAGUGUUUACUUCAUAAUUGGAACGUUACACAUAACAUAAUUUAUGUAUGUUAUCUAAAAAUAUGCAAAAAAUAUAGCUGCAUAUGCACAUUGGGUGGUUAAUAUGUCAAGAAAAAUUAAUACACAGCUUUAAAUAUAACUCCAAGUACGUACAUGUAUAUCAAUUAUGAUGAAAAGUAUAUUCACUAUGGUAACAUAAUUAUAAUAUAAAAACUUAACAGCAGUUAAACGAGCAGUUUGGAUUUAAGCAGUUAAAGUUACUGUUGUACAUUUAUUUAAAAUUAAAAUGUAAAAAGUUAGUUUUGCGUUUUUCCUUCCCGUACAGCACCAUAAUAAGAACAAAAACGUUUUUACGAUUUAUUUAUCAUUAUAAUUAUAUAUAAAUAGUAUGUUCAAAAAGCCUCUACUAACAUUGUUUUUAUUUCUAACCACAUUUAUUCAUUUUAACAUGAAAUGUGUAUAAUAAAGAAAAUUUGACUUGACUUGCAUAUA